GCGAUACUCACGUCUCCCUGCAUGCAUUGAUUACAGCGAAAGAUGAUCAGGUGCAGCACUCAUCUCCUUAAAGACGAGCUGCUCGAGCGAAGUAAAAGAGUUCCACCAACCGUGCAGCGUCACCUGUCCCAACACAGCUAUAUUUCCUGCCUUUGAGACUCUGCACCUUUUCCCUGCUCUCUUCAUCUUACAUCCAUCAUCCAUGGAGCUGUUGAACGGCUCUCUGAGUGUCGUGAUGCAUGUCUUCGUUGCUGCAUUCCUCCUGGUGUACCUGCCCAUCUCGCUCGUGUGGAGACUACUCAGGUGGGCGUUGGUGAGGCCCUUCUUGAAGGAGGACAUGACGGGGAAGGUGGUCCUCAUCACCGGCGCUUCAUCCGGCAUCGGCGAGCAACUAGCUUACGAGUACGCGAAGAGGGGGGCGUCCAUGGCGCUUGCAGCGAGAAGAGAGCGCGCCCUGGAGACCGUCUCCGCGAAGGCCCGCGAGCUGGGCGCCCCGGACGUGCUUGUGAUCGCAGCGGACAUCUCCAACCCUACCGAGGCCGACCGGGUCGUCCAGGCAACCAUCGGUCGCUUCGGGCAGCUGAACCACCUCGUGUGCAACGCAGGGCUUUGGUGCAGCUGCUUCUUCGAGGAGAUCACCAGCAUCACUGCGUUUACCCAGUUGAUGGAUGUCAACUUCUGGGGUUCCGUCUAUCCGACCUAUUACGCCCUUCCCUUCCUCAAGAACACUCGCGGAAAGAUCGUCGUCAACGCAUCCAUGGCUGGCCGCGUUCCUACACCGAGAAUGUCCUUGUACAACGCAAGCAAGGCGGCGAUGAUCAGGUUCUACGAAACGCUACGGUCGGAGCUCGGGUCCGACGUCCGAAUCACCAUAGUCAACCUCGGUUACGUCGCCUCCGAGCUCACCAAAGGCAAAGCCGUGCAGAAGAACGGCGAAGUAGCAAUCAACCAAGAAGCCAGAGAUAUCCUAGUGGGGCCGCUGCCGAUCGGGAGCACCAAGAAGUGCGCGCAGCUCAUCGUCGGCGGGGCGUGCAGGGGCGACGAGUACAUAAGCUGGCCAUCCUGGUACAAGCCGUUUCACGUCGUCAUGAGCCUGGCGCCGGAGAUCGUCAUCUGGUUCUCCCGUUGCUUCUACUUGGGCAAUCCGGGGAAUGCCUCGAGCGAGCCAUUGAGCAAGCGGAUGCUGAACGUGAAGGGGCUCAAGAGAUUUCUUUACCCAGCUUCUGUUCUAUCUCCGGGCAGCGUCGUGGAUGAGAUCCAUGCAUGAACGAAGACGGACAAUGGAAGCUUAUUAUUGAGUGCACGUCAGACCGCUAUAAAGAUUCCCACCAACCCUGUGAGAAAGAAACAAGAUGAAAAUAGAAGAGAGAGAAAAAGGAUUUCCAGCCAUUCAUGCAAGCAGUGAUAUGAGCGUCCUUCCUCACAGGACUGUUGGAUGCAAUGAGAAGGAAGCAUCAGCUUUCGUGCAUGGACGGUCGGUCUGUAAGACCUUCCCCGCCAUUUCUAUUCCUGCACCCUACUGCUCAUUCGCGGCGGAGUCCGGCGUCCGCAGCGUCAUAGUCUCUCGCACAUAUCACCCGACUCUUCUGCCAUCUUCUGCUAUCUUUCUCGUAUCGAGAUAAGUAUCAACUGAAUCAGCCUGCAUGCAGAUUCCAAUGGUGAUGGUGAUCACCUUCCUGACGACUGCAGGUUUGCCCGAGGGAGGGAAGAGUCAAAGGGAAACGGGACGCGCCAACGACACCCUUAAGCCUAAGCCUUGGACGGGUUUCGCCAGCGACUGGAACCUCACAGAAGAGGAAGCUUAGCUGAGCUUGGCAACGACAUGGGGCGUCCGACUUUAGCAGCAGCAUAUAUUAAUAGAAUGCGCCAUGCCAUGAAAG